AUGAAGUUCUUUAUUGACGACUUACCUGUACUAUUCCCAUACCCCAGAAUAUACCCAGAGCAAUAUUCGUAUAUGUGUGAUAUCAAAAAGACCCUAGAUGUGGGUGGCAACUGUAUAUUGGAAAUGCCCUCAGGGACUGGGAAGACGGUCUCGUUGCUUUCGCUUACGGUGGCGUACCAGAUGCAUUAUCCGGAGCAUAGGAAAAUCGUUUACUGCUCGCGUACGAUGUCGGAGAUUGAGAAGGCGUUGAUUGAAUUGCACAAGUUGAUGGAGUUUAGGGCCAACGAGUUGGGAGAGGUGGAAGAUUUUCGUGGGUUGGGGUUGACAAGUAGAAAGAACCUUUGUCUUCACCCGACGAUUUCAAAAGAACGAAAAGGGGUGGUGGUGGAUGAAAAGUGCAGGAGAAUCACCAAUGGACAACUAAAGGAAAAGAUUGAAAAGGGCGUGCCUACAGAGGAUAGUUUGUGUUCGUUCCAUGAAAAGUUGUACGAUUUAGAGCCUCAUAAUUUAGUGCCGCCGGGAGUCUACUCAUUCGAUGCAUUGAUCAAGUAUUGCAAGGAAGAAGGAACGUGUCCAUACUUUACAGUAAGACGAAUGAUCCCGUUUUGCAAUAUAAUCAUCUAUUCGUACCAUUAUUUGCUUGAUCCCAAGAUUGCUGAACGUGUUUCGCGUGAGUUGUCAAAAGAUAGUAUUGUUAUAUUUGAUGAGGCGCAUAAUAUCGACAAUGUCUGCAUUGAGUCGUUGUCGUUGGACUUGACUGAUGAGACUUUGAAGAAGGCGUCACGUGGUGCCAAUAAGUUGGGUGAGGCCAUUGAGGAUAUGAAGGCGCAGGAUAGUGAAAAAUUGCAGAAUGAGUAUGAGCAGUUGGUGGAAGGGUUGCGACAGGCCGAGAUUGCACGAGACCAGGAAUUGUUUAUGGCGAACCCGGUGUUGCCGCAGGACUUGUUAGAUGAGGCUAUACCUGGGAAUAUUCGAAAGGGUGAACACUUUAUUGCGUUUUUGAAACGGUUCAUUGAGUAUUUAAAGACGAGGAUGAAGGUGUUGCAUGUUAUUAGCGAGACCCCAACAAGUUUUUUACAGCACUUGAAAGAGUUGACGUAUAUUGAGAGGAAACCGUUACGGUUUUGUUCCGAGAGGUUAUCGUUGUUGGUGAGAACGUUGGAGGUGACGGAGAUUGACGACUUUAAUGCGUUGAAAGAUAUUGCUACGUUUGCCACGUUGGUGUCGACGUACGACAGUGGGUUCCAGUUGAUACUAGAGCCGUAUGAGACUGAGGGGAGUACUGUGCCGAAUCCCAUUUUGCAUUUUACGUGUUUAGAUGCGUCGAUUGCGAUCAAGCCGGUGUUUGACAGGUUUUCAUCGGUCAUUAUUACGUCUGGUACUAUAUCGCCAUUGGACAUGUAUCCGAAGAUGUUAAAAUUUGAAACUGUUAUCCAGGAAUCGUAUGCCAUGACGUUGGCGCGUCGCUCGUUUUUGCCAAUGAUUGUUACCAAAGGGUCUGACCAAGUGUCGAUAUCGUCGAGGUUUGAGAUUCGGAAUGACCCGUCGGUGGUGAGAAACUAUGGGUCGUUGUUGAUUGAGUUUGCCAAGAUCACUCCAGACGGUAUGGUAGUGUUUUUCCCGUCGUAUCUUUACAUGGAGUCGAUUAUUUCGAUGUGGCAGAGUAUGGGGGUUUUGGACGAGGUGUGGAAACACAAGUUGAUUUUGGUGGAGACGCCGGAUGCGCAGGAGACGUCGUUGGCGUUGGAGACAUACAGAAAGGCGUGUUCCAACGGAAGAGGGGCAGUGUUGUUGUCGGUUGCGCGUGGUAAAGUUUCUGAAGGGAUUGAUUUUGACCACCACUAUGGGAGGACGGUAUUGAUGAUUGGUAUACCAUUCCAGUACACCGAGUCGAGGAUCUUGAAGGCGAGACUAGAGUUUAUGCGAGACCAUUUCCAAAUCAAGGAGAAUGACUUUUUAUCAUUCGAUGCGAUGAGACAUGCAGCGCAGUGUUUGGGGAGAGUUUUGAGAGGGAAAGACGAUUAUGGGAUUAUGGUUUUGGCCGAUCGAAGGUUUGCACGGAAGAAGAACCAGUUGCCGAAAUGGAUUGCGCAGGCGUUGAAUGAUUCAGAUACGAACUUGUCUACAGAUAUGGCGCUUGCAACUGCGAAAAAGUUUUUGCGUAGUUUGGCGCAGCCAACUAACCCGAAAGACCUGGAAGGGGUAUCGAUAUGGAAUAUCGAGCAGUUGCAGGAGUACCAACAGCAGUUUCAAAAAGACGAAAUGGAUAUUGAUGAGGAGGAUUUAGAUUUGUUGUGA